GCACUCCGCGUGGCCCAGCGUGGGCCGCGCCUGGGAGGCGCUGCGGCGAGCACGCGCAGCACGGCCGAGACUGAGGACGCCGACGCUGUCGUUUACAUCGUGGAGAUCUGCGUGGCCAACGUUGGCUUGAAGAGCGUUGUCAAGUCUGCACCUGCCGCUCAAGGCGCUGAUGUCGAGGAGCUGCUGGCGGUGUUCGACCUUCUGGCGGUAGCCGGGGGCGCAGGCGACGGGAAAGACUUCCUGCCGCGCCCUGG